UGCUUUAUUUCGACAUAAGCUAACGUAACUCAUGAGUCAUUUUGCCACGAGCAAUAUUGUAACUUUUAUAUAACCUUGAUAAAUAGAAACAUAAAAUUUCUUGUUAGUUAAUCCUCUUGAACUGCAAUUUUCAAUCGAACACUGAUUCGACGAAGAAUGCAAUUAUCAUUGACACUCAUCGAUAAGACAAUUUCUUUUCAACUGUGUUGCGAAAGCACGAUAGCUAUCGAUGAUUAGUAUUGUCGUAAUUCGAGUGUUGAUUACAGUACCGUUACGGUAGCUGUUAGUUAAAGCUUUACCAGUGCACCAUGGAGAGCGACAAUCAAAAAUCGGCAUGGACGAUGGAAAAGGGCACAAUGACUAUGUUUAUAGCCGAGGUGAUAGGUACUGGCAUUCUCCUGUUCGUUGGUUGUAUGGGUUCUAUUGGGACGAUGAGUCCGAUAUUACCGCCGCCAUUACAAACGUCCAUGGCGUUUGGUAAUAGAAAAUUUUUAUUAACACAGAUGUUGGGACACAUAAGUGGUGCACAUUUAAACCCCGCUGUCACGAUAGGAGCGGUUAUUCUAGGAAUUAAAACUAUCCCUACAGGAAUCCUUUACGCAAUCGCGCAAUUCAUUGGAGCAACUAUUGGAUAUGGAUUAUUAAUGACGAUAACUCCAUCCGAAUUGUUCAACGAUGGACGUUCAAACGCGACAAUUGGACAUUGUGUAACCGUUGUGCAUCCUGGAAUCAGUAUCACGCAGGCUAUUAUAAUCGAGAUUCUUUGCACAUCCUUUAUACUUUGCGCAGCAUGCGCCACUUGGGAUCCAAGAUGCGCCCACACCACAGAUUCUACAGCGAUUAGAUUCGGUUUCUCCGUUGUUGGAGUUUCACUUGCAGCGAGUCCUUACACCGGUUGUAGUAUGAAUCCUGCGCGUACUUUUGGUCCAGCUUUUUGGAACGGGAAUUGGACGAAUCAAUGGAUUUACUGGUUCGGGCCGUGUGCUGGAGCCUUUCUUGGAACGUAUAUUUAUGUAUAUCUUUUUGCGGAGAAGAAAGAGAAAGAGAAUAAACAUGACGAUUGUCUCGAAUUUAUAGAAUUAAAAGCAAUUAAUGAUAACACAAAUUAUAGUGAAAAAAGAAAUAAAAAAGAGGAAAAUCUCGAAGAAAGUUUAGGAUAAAUGGAGAAACUGUUUAAUGAUCGUUAAGCACUGCGACGCCACAUGCCUAUAUAAGAGGAUCGUUCGGCGUGGCUCAACGCAUUUGUAAAUCAGUUUCCAGAGCAGUCAGAAGUGGCGUUCAGUGUGCAGUAGUGUGAAAAUUUCUUCCUCCACUAUGUUUAUAGUUAAUUCAUCAUCAUUUCUUGGCAAUAAUACCAUUAUUGCAAUAUCAUCUACGAAAUUGAAAAUUCUUCAUUUCAUCAAAGAAGACACAUGAAUUUUCAAGAAUGGAAUUAUUGAAGAAAGAAAAAAAGAAUGGCUCGACGUAUUCAUAAAGAAACUUUCGUUCAGUUCGGAUGCAGCGAAUAUUCAAUUCCACCGACUGAUCAUAUUUCUUCUAUUAUAGCGAUCUACGACAACAUGACAUGAAAACAGACGAAUGGAUUGUGAAGUUGGACUAUUUACGUGCACCCUACGGGGUCGGUGCUUGAACGCAACUAUAAUAUGGUCUGAUUAGAGUUUGAAAUUUCUUCAUACAUUUUGAACUAUUUGAGAAGAGCAUCUCGAGAUAUAUUAGGUAAGCGGUUAUUGAACCGAUGUAUUUCUAUUGUUCUACAAUCUUAACGUUAAUAUAAGAUCAGAAAAUUAACAUUUAGGGCUCACAGUGUCGCUACUUAAUUAUUUAAUUCAAAAUAUAAUAUAAAUAUAAAUAUUAUAUGUUAAAAAUAAUAUUUUAAAUUGGAUGUUUAUAUUUCAUAUUUCAAAAAAUUCUUUUUAAAUCAAAAUGAUCGUAGCGUCACUUUAGCCUUUAUUCUAGUUUAGUUACAAAUCAGUUACCUAAAAUAUCGUUUUUUCUUCUAUAUUAAAUAGAAUUUAAUGUAUUUUCACGAUGUCUGCUCACUACUGAGAGAAUCGUAAAGUACCGAUUGUUUAAAAUAUGUUGAUGAGGAACACUCGUUAGUUUUAAAUUUUAUCUUUAUUUUUUAAGUUUCCUCUAUUUCCUUAUUUUAUUGUAACUUCUUUAAUAAAUAUUCGAUCGAAUAUUUAACUUAUCUUGAAUAUAUUAAUUUAUUUUGAAUUAUCGAAAUUGAAAUCGAUAAAUGCAAAUUGAUAUUUCUACGAAUGUGCCUCAUCCACGUGAAAGUCUUUAAUUCAACGUGACGUUCUUUUUAUAGUUUAGAGCAGACUCGUAGUUAGAGGUCGAGAAUAAAUUAUGGGCACCAUCUUGUCUAAACCAAUACUCUACUACAAAGGCAUACGGCAUUUGGGAAUUAAGAAAAAAGUACACAGAAUCAAAUAGAACAGAAAAUGAAAAAAAGAUGAUUUUACGGUUAAAAAUAUCCAAUAUAAAUAAUUAAAUAUAUAAUUUCGAAAUAUACAAUUACGAUUGAAGAUCUUCCGGUUUUAUGAUUGGAAACAUACGGUAGCCUGUUUUUUCGUCAUUUAGAAAAAAAGUUAAAUAAAAAAACAAAAUUUUAUAACGAUGAACCAUUUUGUUCCGUGGUGUCACGAAUCUAAAAAUAGAUGGAUUUUUAUGAAACUGGGUAGACAUAAUAAAAUAAAAUGAAGAUAGUUGAAUUACGUGUAUUUUCUAAAAAAAAAAAAAAAAAAAGCUUCAACUGUACAACGUAUUUAUUUAUCUCUAUUUUUUAAAUAUUAUGAAUAUUUUACAAAUCACUUGCACAAAACUAUUGCGUUUUGGGACGGACAAAUGAAAAAGGCGAUUUUUUUCCAUGGGUCAUGUGGUCAUAGAAUAUAUUUUAAGUUCAGGAACUGCUUCUUGUAUCUUUUCGAUAUCCUGUAGAGUUGUUAUGCCUUUCUCCUAUUAUUAACAAAAAAGACAUUCUUUUAGUAUAUUAUAAUAUUUUUUAUAAUAUCUUUAUGAUUAUGAGAAAUUUUUAAUUUUCUUCUAACUAUUCAUAAAAAAUAUAAAGUUUGUUUAUUAUUAUUCUUGCAACAUAAUCAAAUUUAUUAGAUUUCGAUGAUUAGUGAAUGAAGUAAGAAAAAAAUAUAAAACAAUUCAAGAACCAAGAAUAAAAUUCAAGAAAUGAGUGCACAAUUGAGUUAAAUACGAAGAAAAAUCUUUUNGUAAUAAAUAUGUGGUUGCAUAGUUUUUAACUUACAUAAGUUAAC